AUGACCACCGCGAUCCCCGCAAGCUCGCCCAACCCAGCCAGCACCAGCAACAUCGCGCCCUCAUCCGCCUCGACUGCGCCGUCAUCAGCAGCUGUCCCGGCGCAGCUGCCUGUGAGGUCGUACGCUUCAGCCACCAAGACGGCUACUCCAUCCUCUUCGGCUGGGGCCUCCGCGCACGAUGCAAAGUCCACUGCCAACCCGCAGAUGAACGGAACCAUGGCGCAAGGAGGCUCGCAGCCUGCCAACGGCAUUGCGAAUGGUUCAUCGGACCACUCGCGUAAGACAUCGGUCGUGAUAAACGCCGCCGGUGCAUCUGGCAACUACCCAAAUGGCGGCCCCGUCGGCCAGACCGGACGACCUGCCAUCAGCUUUGGCUCCAUCAACGCGCCAGGAGCGGACUCGCAAGCCGCGCCAUUCCAGUCACAAAACGCAUCACUGCCCACACCAUCGCGAGACCCGCGCGUCACAUCCCCCGCGCACUCGCCAUCCCCGAUUCCCCAGCCUGCAGCAAGCGGCGGCAAACCCCCGACUGUUGGUCAGCACAAUGGCGGCCUGGCCUUUGGCCAAUUGCCAGCUGACACCGAGAUUAUGCGCGGUCAGAUCCCACAGCAGCACGAGCGACGGCCAUCGUCGCAGUCGAUGMAGAGCGAGCUCAGCAAUCAAGGCAUGAAUGCCAACAUGAACCGCAACUUCCAGCCGCAGGGUCGUGGCCGUGGUGGUUAUGGACAGAAUCAACCAUUCAUGGGAUCCCCGGGUGCACACUUCCGCAACCCGCAGGGUCAACCACCUCGUAACAUGCCGCCCAACUUCCAGCAAGGAGGCGCUCCAGGGUCUCCCUUCAACCGCGCAGCCGCGAGAGCCAGCCCUUCUCCAAUGCCUGCGCAGCCAAACAUGCCUCAGGGCCAUCAGAUGCACUACCCGGGUUACAACCAGCACCACAUGAACCCACAGCAGCAACCAGCUAUGUAUGGCAUGCCGCAGUUUGACCCUUCUCAGGGCUACUACCAGCCAUACCCUCCGUACAACUACUACAACGGUCAGCAGCAGGCGCCGCAAAGCCCUCGUCCAAACUACCCCAGUCCAUUCCCUGGCACUCCCAGCCAUGCCAUGCAGGCUCCGUUCAACCCGCCUGGUACUCCCAUGCAGCGCUCUGGGUCACAAGCUUCGGAGCGCCCGUCAUCGAGCCUUGGACACCCAGCGACUCCUGCUCAUAACCCUGCCGCGCCCUCACAUACGCCUGUAAGCCACGCACAAGCCGGCCCUGCAUCUGCGUCGAACAGCUUUGUGAGGCCUCAGAAGAAGUCGAAUGCCAUCAAGAUCACGGAUGCCAGCGGAAAUGCUGUCAGCUUCGCGAAGCCUUCGCCCUCUCCCAGCAAUGCGCAGCCUCAGACGCCAGUCAUUGUCUCCACCCCGAAUGCGCCCACCCCACCACCGCGCGUACCCAGCAGCCAGCAUAACCGUGUCGAAAGCAAAACGACCAAGUCUUCCGAGGAGACUAAGAAUGCAUUUGCUGAGCAGGUCAAGCGCCAGAUGGAGGAGACAAAGCGCAAGGAGGAGGAAGAGGCCGCCGCAAAGGCCAAACAGGGUGCUGACGCGGAAGCCAAAUCGAAGCAGGCCGCUGACGAGGCGGCCGCUACAGAGACCAAAGCCAAGGAGGCUGCGGCUGAAGCCGAAAAGGUUGCUGCAAAGGCUGCUGAUGACAAGAAGGCAGAGGAAGACGCCGCAGCAACGAAGAAGGCGCAGGUAUCCGACGAGGACGAGAAGAAGCGCCUACAGGAAGAAGAGGAUGCGCGUAUGGAGGCCGAGAUUGCAGAGAUGGAGGCGCGCGAGAAGGAGGAGGAGGAGCGUGAGCGCGCCUUCCAGGAGAAGAGGGCCAAGGAGAAGGCGGCCCUUGCCGAGAAGGAGAAGGAGAGACUUGCGAAUGAAGACGCUGAGCUCAAGCGACAGGAACGUGAGGCCGAAGCACGCGAGGAAGCUCGCGAACGUGAGCGCAAUGGCGAGACCACCUCAGCUGCCACCGCUGGUGAGCCUGACGAGGAGGCCAAGGCUCUCUUCAACUCCCUGAAGAAGCCAACACUUGGACCUGGCGCCGAGGCUGAGGCAGUUCCCGAGGCAGAAACUUCUGAGGUUGCGACCGCGGUGCCUGCUCGCGUUGGUGGACACGCCAAGGCCAAGCCUGCUCACCUCAAGCUCGAGACGAACAAAAGUGUAGAGCGUGCUGAGCCAACUCCCGGCAUGCAGGCGCUCAAGUCGGCACGAUUCCUUGAGCUCAAGGAGGAGGCCAAGUAUCCCGACGGCUUCAAGUCGCCGAACCCUGCCCCCAACCAGAACCAGCGCACUCAGGGUCGUGCCUACGACAAGGACUUUUUGCUCCAAUUCCAACCUGUGUUCAAGGAGAAGCCCUCUGUUGACUGGGACCAGAAGGUUAGAGACACUCUGGGUCCUGGUGACGAGCCUGGAUCGGCUCGCUCCGCGCGUACACCUAGCGGCAUGACUUCACGACAACCUUCCCGGGGCUCUGGACCAUUCCCCGGUGGCGCCAUGGGCAGCUUCGCAGGCCCUAUGGGUGCUCGCACACUUCCGCCCAACACCACAUCCGAGCAGCGCUUCGCCGCAGCACAAGGAGGCAUGGGUGGCAGAUCGGCGUCGUCCGGGAUGGGUUCCCGCGCACCGAGCAACCUCGGUAUGGGUAUGGGUGGAGCUCCAGGCGCCGCCAUUGGUCGCACCAACAGCAGUCUCCAAAUGGGUGUCAACUCACAGCGCCAAGCAAGCUCACGUGGUGGACGUGGCGGCAGCAAGCGUGAUGACCGCCAACAAAGCAAGCGCCAAGACCACGAUAGCGCCGCGAAGAUGCCGCUCACUGCACACAUGGAGAUUGCACCGCUCGAGAAAUCAAAGACUGGAUGGCAGCCACCUAGUGUUGCCGGGCCCACUCCCGGCGCCUCCAGCGGUCCAGAUGCUUCUGGCAUGAUGGCUCCUGACAYGGUGCAGCGCAAGGUCAAGGCUGCGCUCAACAAAAUGACGCCUGAGAAGUUCGACAAGAUUGCGGAUCAAAUCCUCGAUAUUGCCGCACAGUCAAAGAAUGAGACCGACGGCCGCACACUCCGCCAAGUCAUUCAACUCACAUUUGAGAAGGCCUGUGACSAGGCUCAUUGGGCUGGCAUGUACGCCAAGUUCUGCUCAAAGAUGUUGACCGCGAUGAGCUCGGACAUUCGCGAUGAGACCAUCACAGACAAGGCUGGCAACCCAGUCGUCGGCGGUGCUCUUUUCCGGAAGUACCUCCUCAACCGCUGUCAAGAGGAGUUCGAGCGCGGAUGGCAGGCAAAUCUGCCCGACAAGCCGGAAGGCGAAGAACAGGAGGCUGCCCUCCUCUCCGACGAGUACUACGUCGCUGCUGCUGCCAAGCGUCGCGGCCUUGGACUUAUCCAGUUCAUUGGUCAGCUCUAUAAGCUUAAAAUGCUUACGCUUCGUAUCAUGCACGAAUGUGUCAUCCGUCUACUCAACUUUGAAGGCGAUCCCGAUGAGUCUUCCAUUGAGAACUUGGUCACCCUUCUAAAGGCUGUCGGUGGUUCCAUGGACGAAGAGGAGCAAGGCAGAGCUCUGCUCGUCACCUACUUCCAGCGUAUUGAUGAGGUCAUCCUCAAGAACCAAAAGCUCGCGAGUCGCCCACGUUUCAUGGUCAUGGACUUGAUCGACUUGCGAAAAGCAGGCUGGAAGGGCAAGGACGACGCCAAGGGUCCCAAGACCAUUACACAGAUCCACGACGAAGCUGCGGCAGCACAAGCAAAGGCAGAAGCCGAGCGGUCGAGGACCAGCCAGCGUGGUGGCGGUGGUGGUCGCAUGGGACAAGGUCGUGGCGAUGCUCGAAACUUUUCCGGUGGAGGCAUGCCACCUCCAGUCGACUACAACCGCACAACUGUCGGUAUGGAUGACCUGCGGAGGCUACAGAACCGUGGAUCACGCCCCGCCGGCGGUGCACUUGGACCAGGUGGCGGCCUUGGACCUUCUGGACUUGGACCUCGCACUGGCAGCAGACGUGGUGCUGGUAUCGGACCCGGAUCCGGCAACACCUCUCGCACCGGAACACCUCCGGUCGAUGGAAAGAAAGACGAACCAAGCACAGCGCAGAAUGCUUUCAGCGCGCUCGCUGCUCUCGACUCAUCUGGUGGUGAUGCACCCGAAGAGCCCGAAGUCAAAUCAACGGCAACAUCAACCGACAAGGACGAAUCUAACGCAUAA